AUGGACGACCACCACAGCCCAAGCGCAACAUCAACCCUCUCCGAACUACAAUCCGGCGCCCUCUCCGUCACUGACUACACUACGCGCCUGCUCGACAGAAUCAACAAGCGAGAACCCCAGAUCCACGCCUGGGCGUACCUCAACAACGACGCCGCUCUCUCAGAAGCCGCUAUCAUCGACGGCGUGCCCACCUUCAACGCGCCCAUCCUUACCAGCCAAGACGCCACCGCUGUCCGCCUCCUCCGCGAGGCCGGCGCCUUGAUUAUCGGCAAAACGACCACCACCCAGUUCGCGUCCACUACGACAGGCGGGCCGACCGUCAACCCGCACUCUCCACCCGGAAAAGCGCACACGCCAGGCGGUUCGUCAUCUGGCUCCGCUGCCGCAGUCGCGGAUGGACACGUGCCGCUCGCGUUGGGAACGCAGACGGGCGGCAGCAUUGUGCGUCCAGCCUCGUUCUGCGGCGUGUACGGGUACAAGCCCACCUGGGGCAUGGUCAGCACGGAAGGCAUGGCGCGGUACAGCACGACAUGUGACACCGUCGGGUUCUUUGCGAGGAGUGUUGAGGAUUUGGAGUUGGUGGCGAGCGUGUUCCAACCCCUUGCUGCCAUAAUGGGGAGUGCGUCUUCGCCGAGAGAGGUUUUCCCCCCAGGCUCAGGCACGAAAGUCGCGCUGUUAAAGACGCAUGUCUGGACCGACCUCGACAAUUCCACUCCGAACCUCGAGCGCGCCUGGCUAGAGACUCGCGAUCGCCUUAUCCGCGCCGGGUACGAACCCGUGGAGGUCUCCCUUCCCAGCGAAUUCGCGGCCAUGACGACCUACCACGCCAACAUCCUUGCGCACGAAGCCGUCGCGCAAUUUUGGACUUUUUACACCAAUCCUGAACACAGGAAACAUCUCGACCGAGUCAUCGUCGACGGCGUCGAGAAGGGUCUGCAGCUAUCGCGCUCGCCGGAGACGAUGAGAGAAGCGUACGACGGUGUAACGAAGCUGAGGACGCUGUGGGAUGAGUGGGCGAAGGUGUGGGAUGUGAUUGUGACGCCGAGCACGAGGGAUUGUGCGCCGAGGGGGUUGGAGUGGACGGGGGAUGCGUGCUUUAAUGCGAUGUGGACGGCGUUGGGAGCGCCUUGUGUGGCGUGCCGGGGUUGGUGGGUUGGAGGUGAGGGGGGAUGA